ACCCAUGAGAGCAUCAUUGGACUGCAAUGUCCUCAUUUUUUUUAAAUACUCUUUUGAAAUUCAAAAGGGGACAAUUUUUUUGGGAAGCAAAUGAAUAAAAAAAGAGUCAAGAGGAGAGAUUGGUGAGUUGAAUUGGUAGAUCCCCCCCAUAGAAAAAUAAGAAGAAACAAUAAUAAUAAUGGAAGGUCUGAUUCCCCUGGUGUGCAGGAGCAUCAACAGGAGCAGAAAACUCCGGCGGUACGAUUCCCUCCCCUCGGCGGCGGCGGAGGAUGAUCAGAAGGCGGCGGUUGUCGACGCCAAGCGCCACCGGAGGCACGAUUCGUUCCCCGUGGAAUAUUAUUACCCCUGCAGCAGCAGGACUCAUAAGGCUGGAAAACUUGAUAGAUUUGGAAGCCAGAAGAUUUUCUCAUGUUUAAAGCCAAAGGGGGUAUAGCAUCUGACCUGACCCAGGUCGGAUACAACGGGGAACGACCGAUGGUCUGGGAGCAACACGUGCCGAGAAAAUUGAAGCCAAGCCAAAACCUGAACCACCCAAGUGGUUCAACACUACCGGCCAGGGGGGCAUGACUUUGCGGAAGGGAUCCUUAGAUCGCCAGAGCAUUAUAUUCAUUCAAGAAACCACCUUGGUGGUUCUUUGAGACACGUAAUGAGAGCUCAGCGCAUUGGAAGGUAACAAUGUGGAAGCAACCUGCUUUGACUAGAUUCCCCAACAGAUUUACUUAAGCACCAAAUGGAAAAGUUUCAAGAAAUAAGAGACGAACACUACGAGCCAAAAGAAACAGCAGAAGUUGUGCACUGUCACGUGCCAAGCACGUGGUCAGGCAUGGGCACAUGUCAGACUGUCUUCUAAUCCCACUAUAAAUAGACUUGUAACCC